UUAAAAAUUUGUAUGAUCACUCAAUUAUUUGAGACAUGUCAAAUCUUAUUUGACCUUUGCCUCCCUCUCUCCUUUUUCCUCUUGAACCAAAAUUUUACCAGAAAAUUAGUUCAAAGUUUUCAUGGGCCUUGAUUUUAUUUGCCUUGUUAAUCUCAGCUUCCAUGGCCAAUCUUCUACCUUUAUCUCACUUUACUAUUAGUUCUUCUCUUAUCAGAUUCCGCAUUACCCGUUUUCAUCUUCUCCUUAUCUUCCUCCAUUCUCUAUUAUAGGACCCAUAAUCCUUUUCCCCCUUCAAAUUCGGAUCUUUGUGAAAUUUACACAAUUUUAAACCCUUUUCUUCUUCUUCUUUACAAUUUGAGUUGUAAUGGCAUCGGUGUUUUUGUAUCAUGUGGUUGGGGAUCUGACAGUGGGAAAACCGGAGUUAGUUGAAUUUACGGAGACACAAACAGUGGAGGCGGCUAUAAAGGCUAUUGGGGAGUCUACGGAAUGUGGGAUACCAGUGUGGAAGACGAGAUCUCAAAAGGGUAUGAUUGAGAAUGCAGAGAUGAGGCGAAAAAGGUUUGUGGGUAUUCUUAAUUCUCUUGAUAUUGUUGCAUUUUUGGCUAGAGAGGAAUGUUUGGCUGAUCAGGAGAAAGCUAUGAAGACUCCUGUUUCUGAGGUUGUGCUUCCUGAUAAUUCUUUGCUCAAGGAGCUUGAUCCUGCCACCAGAUUGAUAGAUGCACUGGAAAUGAUGAAGCAAGGUGUGAAGCGACUCCUAGUUCCCAAAAGUGUUGUAUGGAGAGGCAUGAGCAAGAGAUUUUCAAUUCUUUAUAAUGGCAAAUGGCUAAAGAACAUUGAUACUUCUAACCCAGCUGCCAAUGCCAACCGUCCAUCAACUUCUUCCCCUGUGCCCAUUCGUGACAAAUUCUGUUGUCUGUCCAGAGAAGAUAUCAUCCGUUUUAUUAUUGGUUGCCUUGGUGCAUUAGCCCCUAUUCCUCUCUCCUCGAUCUAUUCCCUUGGAAUCAUUAACCCAAACUACUGCUCAAUAGAAGCAUCACGCCCAGCUAUAGAUGCCACUCAAAAACUACCAUCGGAUCCCCCUGCAGUUGCAGUCAUUGAUCCUAUGGCAGAUGAUUACAAUAAGAUAAUUGGCGAGAUUUCAGCCACUAAACUGUGGAAGUGUGAUUACUUAGCUGCAGCAUGGGCCUUAGCUAAUUUUUCAGCAGGACAAUUUGUGAUGGGUGUUGAGGAUAAUAUUUCCCCAAGUUCCUUACCUGAUUUUCCAGUCAAUUCUAUGGUAACAAAUGCGAAUACAGCCAAUAGUCGUGGUAGUAUAGUUAGGCCAAAAAAAUUUAGCAGCAGGAGUAUUGGGUUCGUCAGCAAUCCAACAAACUCAUCUUUAAGUGUUUCUAGGAGCAUGUAUCGUGGCAGAAGUGCACCAUUGACAUGUAAGGAGACAAGCUCACUAGCUGCCGUUAUGGCUCAAAUGCUGUCACAUCGUGCAACUCAUGUAUGGGUUACUGAUGCCGAUAAUGAUGACCAUUUAGUUGGAGUUGUUGGCUACGCUGAUAUCUUAGCUGCUGUUACCAGACCACUUCCUACCACCAAUCCUGAAUCCCACUCCUGCUCCAGUAUGUUGAUUAAUUAGGCGUAAAGUUGGUACAGGUGUGGCCAGUUUUAUACAUUUAUGCUUUUCUGUGCAUCUUUUCCUGUUUUGCAUCUGUUUUGAGGUUUAGAUUUGUUAAUGUGAGAACUAUAUGUUGUAUACUCUAAAAUGUGAAUAUGUGAUAUGGUGACUGCUUCAAUAAGUUGAAAGGAUGGAAAUUGAACAAUUUGUUCACCUUCUUGUCUUUUUUACAAGGUUUUCAA